AGCAGUGUGUGUUUAGCAGCAUCAUCCUCCGGACCCGCACCGCUCACCUCCAGUCGAGGCUGACAGAAAGAACCCCCAUAGCAUAACACAGAAGUAUUCGGCUACCAGCGGCUCGACAGACGGGAAGAUUCAGACCUUUGAACCGCUUCUUUCUCCCGUCCUCGCUGGGUUGUUUUUUCUGACCACCCCAGACACCAGACCGGACUUCUCCUGUUCACUCCGCACUCUCGCAAAGGCAAAAUGGGGAAACAGAACAGCAAGCUGACCCCUGAAGUGAUGGAGGACCUGGUGAAGAGCACAGAGUUUAACGAACAUGAGCUGAAGCAGUGGUAUAAGGGUUUCCUGAAGGACUGUCCCACCGGCCGCCUCAACCUGGAGGAGUUCCAGCAGCUGUAUGUUAAGUUCUUCCCGUACGGCGACGCGUCCAAGUUCGCCCAGCACGCCUUCAGGACCUUCGACAAGAACAGCGACGGCACCAUCGACUUCAGAGAGUUCAUCUGCGCGCUGUCCAUCACGUCGCGGGGCAGCUUCGAGCAGAAGCUCAACUGGGCCUUCAACAUGUACGACCUGGACGGAGACGGCAAGAUCACGCGGGUGGAGAUGCUGGAGAUCAUCCAGGCGAUCUACAAGAUGGUGGGCACGGUGAUCAUGAUGAAGAUGAACGAGGAUGGCCUGACGCCCGAGCAGAGGGUGGACAAGAUCUUCUCCAAGAUGGACAAGAACAACGACGACCAGAUCUCGCUGGACGAGUUCAAGGAGGCGGCCAAGAGCGACCCGUCCAUCGUACUACUGCUGCAGUGCGACCUCCAGAAAUAGGGCGGCAGGGCGAGCACAGCGCCCCGUCCGCCGCCCCGGACUGCACAGAAAGAAUUUCAUGUUCCAUUCAGUUUGCAGCUAUUUCCACUGAAAAAAAAAUUAUAAUAUAUAUAUAUAUAUAUGCUUGGACUACCUUUCAAUGGAUCUGCUUCUUGUGUUUGAAACACUUGUGUGCAUGAGAAUGUUAUUUGCUAUAAAAAAAAAGAUCUCCACACAACAUACAGUGCAGUGUGCGGGUGCACGCCGCAAACACACACACACACACACACACAGAAAAUAUAUAGAGAAAUAGAAAUAUGAACAUAUAUUUAAAUUAUUUAAGAGAUCAACUGCCAAAAUGUGAAGUGUGCAAAGUAUUUUCCAUACGGUCUCAUUCUACCGGAGCUUGUGCAUCAGUGAUGUGCUACGUUGAAUUCGCCGCUACUCUAUUUAUUGUUCCGAGUUUACUGACGCUAGCUGUGUGUGUUUCAUCAUACCGAGUAAUAUCAACUGAACCAAAUUCCUACGAUGAUGUAUCUGCCUCCAAUAAGGCCCUCUGUCCGUCGUCUCCAACGCUUGCUCUUGGGAGAGACGGAUGAGCGUUGGUUGUCCAGCGUUUCCUUCCAGAACCUGCUUGUGCUGUCAGUAAAAAGAUGUAAACGUAGUUCAUUUGCAUGCCUUUAGGUUAAAAAAAUCUCCUCGUUUUGCAUCCUGUGACCGAAAACAGAAAGCCUUAUCGAAGCAGCGCGCUCACGCUCGGGAGAAUCCGUGAGGAAAGACUUUCACCUGAACAGGGAGGGGCAGAAACAGCCAACCGUCACACUGCAGGGGGUCCUUCGUGUGGGGCGUCGAGGCGUCUUCUCUUGACUGCUUUAACUGUGGCAGCAUGUUUCCUUGUAGAUUAGCUGUAGUGUGUGUCGCUAAGAACUAAAACCCUGCCCCCUCCCCGUGCACUUAAACACAACCUCGUUACUAACGAGCAGAUGCUGAAUGUAGAAGAAUCCGUCAUUUUGAAACUGCAUCAGAGAUUUGAAAGAGAGAGCUUAGCUGAUAGUUAGUGAAGCACGGUGAGACAAGGAUGCCCUGCAGGACGACUGAAGCUUCCCUCGGCUGCAGUGCGAUCAGAAGAGCUCGGCAUCCGUCUGUAGUUCGAGAGCAUUGUUAUCAGACUUGGUUACAACCCACGUGUCACCACCGCAUCCACUUCUUCCCCGACUGGCCUGCAGGUUGCAUAUCAACAUACGAUUCAUUCAGAGGUUUUUUUUCUGAGCGGCAAAGGAGAGAUUAGGCCCGCGCAGCAUUUCUUGUUCGUCUUUUUCAGUGGAAGUAAAUGAGUGCUGAAGCAGUGGAUGGUUCUUUUCAUUAGUGACCGUGGAGGACAGCCCUUACUGUAAAGCCAUGCGUUUAGUAGUUUGGACCAUUCGCCCCUUUUCCGGAACCCCUCCCAAGUAUUUCUCUUUCCAAUCAGUCGGUCUUUUUGUACUUUUUUACUCCCUUCGCUCACAUUGUACACGUACUGGUGCAUUCCAAAUGUAGAGAAGUUCAGUGGAGCUGUGAAACCAUUCUGGAAAGAAACCUGUGAGCCCACUUACACAAGCUUAGCUGCCCCGUCUCCGACCUGCGUCCACACGACCAGUGUUUUAGGAGCUGAAGGAGGCGUGACUCGUCACCAUACACACAGAACCGCAAUAAAGAUUCAGCAUACCGGUCCAUCGCCAUGUCUCAGUGUGGCUCGUCCCCCCCUCACUUUGUGAUCUGAACUUCUUUACGUGAACAUCUUUGGCCGGACAAUGUUUCUAAUCCCACCUCUGUUACUAUUACUGCUAUCGAGAUACCAAAUGUAACCAAUGGCAAAUGUGUACAAGGAUUCUUUUGUAGCAUGUAUUGUGUCCCUGACGACAUGGCUGCACUACUCCCUGUGUUGUGAUUUAAUCUAAUAAAAUUAACUCUAUGGGC